AUGGACAGAAACUCAUACUGUUACUGUGGUGUAGCUCUAAGAUAUGUUACAGAUGAUUUUCAAUUAUUCACUUUUAUUCUUGGAUGCUUUCCUUAUAAUGCUACCAGUCAUUCGGCACAACAUCUUCGUGAAUUUGUGAACAAAGUAUUAGCGGAAUACAAACUAGUACUUGGUACAACAAAAUUUGCUGUAACGGACAAUGAAGCAAAAAUGUUAUCAGCAUUUAGAGAAUAA